CGUCCGCGGGGAGAGCGUGGCGCAGCGGUCACAGCAGCGAUGAGGUCUUCCCUACCUCCGGGGAGCCCCCCGCCCCCACCACGGCUACGCAGAUGCAGGAAACCACAGAAACACAGGCCGCCAUGGCAUCAGACGAAGGCAAGCUUUUCGUCGGAGGGCUGAGUUUCGACACCAACGAGCAGUCGCUGGAGCAGGUCUUCUCAAAGUACGGACAGAUCGCGGAAGUGGUGGUCGUGAAAGACCGGGAGACCCAGCGGUCGCGAGGCUUCGGGUUUGUCACGUUUGAGAACAUCGACGACGCCAAGGACGCCAUGAUGGCCAUGAACGGGAAGGUCUCCCGUUUCCAGUCUGUGGACGGGCGGCAGAUCCGAGUCGACCAGGCCGGCAAGUCGUCCGACAACCGAUCCCGCGGCUAUCGAGGUGGCUCUGCUGGCGGCCGGGGUUUCUUCCGAGGGGGCCGAGGCCGGGGCCGUGGCUUCUCCAGAGGAGGAGGGGAUCGAGGCUAUGGAGGGAGCCGGUUUGAGUCCAGGAGUGGGGGCUAUGGAGGCUCCAGAGACUACUACAGCAGCCGGAGUCAAGGUGGCGGCUACGGCGACCGGAGCUCAGGCGGGUCCUACAGAGACAGCUACGACAGUUACGGUAAGUCACGCUCCGAGGGCACCUCGUCGCCGGGGCCUGCACUGGGAGCUCAGUAAGCCUUGGCGCCCUCUGCAAGCGACACUCAGACUCUGUCACCGUGCUUGCCUCGAAGGGGCGAUACUGCCCUCGGUCUCUGUGCCAGCAGCCAUUUCUACCACAAAACAUAAAGGCAGAACCAGAGUGACCAAGAAGGAAAGGGAGAGUGAGGGCCCCUCCCCCCUGCGCAGGCAGCAGAAGUGCAUGUGCGCCCUGCCUGCCGCCCCGCCCUCAGCUGGUGGGGGGGGUGGUUUCUCCUGAGGCUGCGGGGCCGCGCCCUCCAGGUCUGGACCCGGGAGCCCGGGAGCGGAUGCUGCGUCUUGUCGCGUGCUUCAGUGCCUUUACAUGUCCCUGCUUCUUGUUCUCAGCUACACACAACGAGUAAAAAUCCUUCCUGCUCAAGAUCGUCCUUCCAAUGGCUGUAUAUUUAAAGAUUUUGGGAGCUUCGCUGAAUCGUUCAUGUGUAGUGAACACACCUCCUUGUACCCCACUUUUGUAGUCCUAUCCGUUUUGAUCUUGUCAAACACAGCCUGACUGCUUCUGACCCCCAGAUGGCUUCGUUCCUAGACUACUCUUAAGGAAGCGUUGUCAGUUUUUAAGGGUUUUAAAAACGUUCUGAAAAGUACUUCAGAUUUUGGUUUUUUUUUUCUUUUUACCCUGAGCCAUAAGUUUUUUAGGAAAUCUUUGGGGGUUGUGUGGGUUUUGGUUUUGGUUGUGUUGCCUUUUUUUCUUUCUCUUUUUAGUGGGGUCGGCCCGUGAGGUCGGGUGCCCCGGUUCACUUCUCUUUAAGAUUGAAUGGACUCUGAAUCCGCUUUUUGCCGGAAGCUCAGCAAGCUGUGGCUUUUUUCCAGCUCUGUGUACUGUUUCUGCGUGUAGCGUGGUAGGACCCAUGCCGGGGCUGUGGCAGAGGUACCCCGGCCGCCCCGGGCCUGGCCUGUUCGGCCCUUCCGUGCUGUGUAUGACGCACAGCAAGAGUUGCAGAUGUCCCUUCGAGAGGUUCUUGAAAAUGUUUAUUUAUAUUGUCUUUUUUUACCGGAAGACGUAUGCAUAACCCAUUGAUGUUGUACCUGAAGCGGUUAAGGAAUUCUUGUACGCGGUUUUCUCUGGCUUUACGAAGCCGAUUAAAAGACCGUCUGAAACGAACCUUGCUCUGACAAUUUCCCUUUCAUUGCACAACACACUCCCUGCUCUCGGGUUCGAGGCGGUCAGAACUGAGCGGAAAGGGCAGUUCGAGAAGUAGGUCUGCCGGUCCCGCCUGAGGCUCUCACAAAGCUAGACAGGGAAGGCAGAAUAGACAGACGCUGGCCGGGCCCCUCCUGACAGCCGACCGCCAUCGGCCCCGGUGAGGUGAGAAGGUGGGCGACAGGGUGGGCAGCUUAGCGGGGGACGGUGGACGCCCGGGCACGUGACGCUGACCCGGACCGCCUUAGCUGAGGAGCAGGCCAGACAGCGGACGGCAGGCAGCGUCCCUGGGCGACCACGGACCGACCGGCUCGUUAGCUAGCUCUGCUGUCGCUUCACGAGUUCUGAGCUCUCACCGCUAGCCUAUGGAAGCUGCAGCCCCUCGGAGGACAGAAGUGUUGUGCGCCCAACAGAACCCUCUGAGACGCAAGCUGCUCCCUUGGCUAGCUCAUAUGUGGAAAUAGCCCUGUAAUUCGAGGUAACUCCUUUUGCUCGUGUCCGCAUCCCUCCUCUUGUCGAGAGCUCAUUUGAGAGUAAAGUUCUGUACCUGGGGAAUGUUCCUUUGGCUGUUUAUCCUUUUCCAUUUUUUUUACUUUUUUUUUUUUUUAAUUUUAAUUUUUUUAAUCGAGCUCGAACCAGAGUCAGAUCUGGGCCGUUAGCCCUUCCCCGCCUGCAGCCCGGCGAGCGGCCUGGGCGGUCACACCACAGGAGUAGGUUUGAUCCGUAAGCAGGAUUGGAGACCACCGAACGCCCUGCCUUUUGGGAUUUUUGUUCAUCAAUUGACAGUCUUUUCCAGACCUCCGUCCCUCAGGCUCCCAACUAGCUUUCUCUGAUGUCUGUUGCUGCCAUGAGUUUUUCCCAGAGCCCACACGGUCCUCUAAGCUCCAUCCCAAUUGGGCAGUUGGCUCUGCUCAAGGGUGGGACGUGGCCUGGCCCAUCCGCAAGGCGCAGGCCCACCCUGGGCACGCCAGCCUGUGACGGGGCCUCUGCCGGGACGGCCCGAUGACUAGUUUGAGACCCUCCUAGGAGCUGUGGAUGGUUUCAGGGGAGGUGGGGAGGGGCAGAUGUGACCUGUGGCCAGGACACUGCGCGUAACGCUUCUUUGCUUUGGCAGGUUGAAGGGAAGCCAGUGUGACUCGGAGGUGUGGCCAGACAGCAGCGAUGACCGGGACUCACUGUCCCAGAAGGGACUUUAUCGGGAAGCGAGAGCCAGAGGCACAGCCACCGGUCUUCGUACCGUGUCCCCUCAGGCGCGUCACCGGGGAGGCUGAGGUGCAGCAACUCGAAUUGCUCUCGGAGGACAGGUGUGUGGCGGCAGGCACCGCACCGCAGCCAGGACGCCCCCCUCAACAGGAGCAGGACACGGAAGUCGGAUUUGAAUAAAGGGCUGGUGUGUCCACACAAA